GGAAUACAUUUCCUUGUGGCACAGGAAGGAGGAACGUCUGGGUAGUUGGGUUUGGGGGACACGGGUUCGAAUCCAGACACUUCAUUGUCUGGGCCUCCGUUUCCUCCUAGGAAGAGAGAGGCAGGUGGGAUCUGAAGACUUUCUGUGUCCUCACAGCUCUGGACAGUAGCUCGCCAAGCCUCUCGCAGAGUUUUGGGCCGCGCUCUCCUUAGCGCCACUCUGGGAGCCCGGCUCCCCACAGCGCCCGCCGGGGCGGAACACGCACGGCCCCUUUAAGGAUUCGUUGACUCGCCUCCGCUCGGUCUCGGCCUUCCGGGCCCGCACUGCGCCUGCGCCGGCUCGGGCCUCGGGGAUUGGACAGAAGUUAGGUCAGUGCAACUUUCAAGUCGGUUGCAAACUCCGCCUCGGGGCCCGACGGGGCGGCAGCGGCGGCGGCCGGGCUCGGGCAUCUGCGGAGCGGUGCGGCGACCGGAGCGGCCGAGCGUCCCGCCUCUGCGCCCCCCUCUCUCCCGGCUCUGCCGGCCCCUCGCUUCCCAGGCGGCGGGGGCAGCGGCCGGGCGUGUUCCACCCGGAGCGCCCCUUCCCCACCCCAAACCCUCUGGAAACUUCCUCGGCUUCCCCUGGACCCCGCACCUCCCACCCCCCCCGGCUGGCAGGAUGGUGUCCUGGGUGAUCUCCCGAUUGGUGGUGCUGGUGUUUGGAAUGCUGUACCCUGCCUACGCCUCCUAUAAAGCUGUGAAGACUAAGAAUAUCCGGGAAUAUGUCCGAUGGAUGAUGUACUGGAUUGUCUUCGCCUUCUUUAUGACAAUAGAGACCUUCUCGGACAUCUUCAUUUCCUGGUUUCCUUUCUAUUAUGAGAUCAAGAUGGCAUUUGUGGUGUGGCUCCUCUCCCCUUACACCAAGGGUGCCAGCCUGCUUUAUAGGAAGUUUGUCCAUCCAGCGCUUUCCUACCGGGAGAAGGAGAUCGACUCAUACAUCGUGCAGGCGAAGGAGCGCAGCUAUGAGACGGUGCUGAGCUUCGGGAAGCGCGGUCUGAACAUCGCCGCCACUGCCGCCGUGCAGGCGGCUGCUAAGAGUCAGGGUGCCCUCGCUGGCAGGCUUCGGAGCUUCUCUAUGCAGGACCUGCGCUCCAUCCCUGACAAUCCUGCUCCAUCGUAUCAGGAUCCCCUCUACCUGGAGGACCAGGAUUUGCACCGGAGACCACCCAUCAGGUACCGUCCCGGGGGCCUGCAGGACAGUGACACUGAAGAUGAGUGUUGGUCCGAUUCCCAGACAAAGGCCCACACCCUUCCCCGGCCAAGGGAGAAGCCCUUGGUGAGGAGCCAGAGCCUCCGGAUUGGCAAGAGGAAGCCACUGGUGAGAGAGGGCACUUCCCGCUCCCUGAAAUCUCGGACAAGGAAGAAGGCGGCCCCAUCAGACCUGGACAGCUAGUGCCCAGCAUCUCCCAUUCCGCUCUACCUUCAGCCGCCUUGUCCCUCCCCUCUAACACCCCACUCUGGAUACAGAAGGGGAGGUUGGAGGAGAGGGAGUUAGGUCCGUGGACACUGGAAAAGGCAGAAAUGCCCCCUUUGGGGAUGGUUUUCAUCAAUAUCCACAUGAUCUCUCUUUGCCCCAAUGCCCUCUCCUUGACUUAACAUCCUCUCCCCAUCAAAGUGCUCUUGGUGGGCCCGAGGGGAUCCUCCUCCCCUCACCUGCCAGCCUGGCCUCCAUGAAACCCCGGGCCAGCCCUAACCAGCACCUCCUCCUGGCUCUGGGGUCAGUGUUCCAAAGGGGUCACCCAUUGGCAUUGCCCAGGUCGUGUGUUUUCAAUAUGCCAAAGCAAUCCCUCCUUCGUGCCUUGACCUGAGGGUUAUUUAUUGCCCAUCUUUUUUCUGGCAUUGCCUUUCUCCCUCCCCCUCCCCUCCCCUCCCCCGACCCUUAGUGGUCAGGAGGCAGGGGGAGCCGUGAUUCCCUUUCACCUCUCCCCUCCAUUCCAGACGGAGCUUUGAUCAUUCCAUCCCCUUCCCCAAUGUUACUUGACAGGCCUCUUCAGGGGUCGUAUGUAUGUGUGUGUAUGUGUUUGUAUAUGUGUAUAUGUGUGUUGGUGUGUAGACAAGUUUGUAAUGGUUUUGAUAAAUAAAUACAUGGACUUUG